AUGACCUCCUGUGACUUUAACCAGGAAAGUGACCCAUUCUGCAGGUUUAGCCAGGACAUCACAGACAACAGUGAUUGGACUCGACAUAAAGGUCCAACCCCAACACCUGGCACUGGCCCUAGUGGAGACUACCCUGAUGGAGGGGGAUUCUACAUCUACCAUGAGUGUGACAAUGUGUCUAAUAGGCAGAAAGCUCGUCUGCUGAGCCCUGCUCUCUCAUCAUUAUCCUCUCAGAUCUGUGUCCAAUUUCGAUACUACAUGUACGGCUCAGAUAAUCAGAAUGCAUUGAGGGUUCUGGCCAAGAGGCCCACUGGCGAGGAAGAGGUAUGGAAGAAGACUGGAAUCCAGAGUCCAUCCUGGCUGAAGAGCUCCAUCACCUUGUCCAAACCCAGCAGUCAGAGCGUCACUAUCGUUUUUGAGGCGCAGAGAGGCUUGACUGCUUCCUGUGACUCAGCUCUGGACAACAUUGUCAUUACUGAAGGAGCAUGUCCCUCUUGCAUUUCUGGCUGUGAUUUUGACACUCUUGGUGACCUGUGUGGGUGGAUGACUGAACCUGAGAAUCCUGAUGUGUUAGUCUUUAGUCAGUGGAUUGGGCCAACAGACACUGAAGGCAGCGGACCUGAUGAUGACUUCUCCAAACCUGGAUUGGGUGCCUACAUGUUGUUGGAUUCUUUCGAAGCUGUCCCUGGAUUCAGUGCUCAUAUCAGAAGUCCUCUAUUAACCCCCUCCUCUGGCUGUCUGGACCUCAACUUCUACUACUACCUGUAUGGCACCAGCACCACCAUGGAGCUCAGUGUCCACACCAUUACCACAGGUGGAAGCUUUGGACCUACUCUUUUCACUGUCAGGGGGAACCAGGGUCAAGGUUGGAAGCCUGCAGAGGUCCGUUACGUGGGAACUGCUGCUAUUCAGUUUGUGAUUGUGGGUACCUAUGGAGAAACUCCUCAGACAGAUAUUGCUGUUGAUGCUGUGUGUGUCAUGGCCUGCACAGCAACAACUCCAGGACCAACUACACCUAAACCAACAACUCCGGGAACAACAACACCAAAACCAACAACUGCUGGACCAACUACAUUAAAACCAACAACUCCUGGGCCAACAACGCCAACAACCACAACUCCUUGGCCAACAACACCGAAACCAACAACUCACAAACCAACAACACCAAAACCAACAACUCCCAAACUGACUACACCAAAACCAACAACUCCUGGGCCAACAACGCCAACACCAAUAACUCCUGGGCCAACAACACAGAAACCAACAACUCACAAACCAACAACACCAAAACCAACAACUCCCAAACUGACUACGCCAAAACCAACGAAUCCUGGGCCAACAACACCAAAACCAACAACUCCAGGACCAACUACACCAAAACCAACAACUGCUGGACCAACUACAUCAAAACCAACAACUCCUGGGCCAACAACGCCAACACCAAGAACUCCAGGACCAACUACACCAAAACCAACAACUGCUGGACCAACUACGCAAAAACCAACAACUCCUGGGCCAACAACGCCAACACCAAGAACACCAAAACCAACAAGUCCUGGACCAACAACAUCAAAACCAACAACUUCCCAACCGAUUACACCAAAACCAACAACUCCAGGGACAACUACACUUAAACCAACAACAGCUGGACCAACUACACCAAAACCAACAAGUCCUGGACCAACAACGCCAAAACCAACAACUCCUGGACCACCCACACCCAAACCAACAACUCCUGAUCCAUGCGCUCCUGAUGCAGAGUAUAUAGAUUGUGGUCCAGCUUGCAUUCCCACCUGUAUGGAACCCUCCGCCAACUGUUCUGGCCCCUGUAUCAGUGGCUGCUUCUGUAAACCAGGGUUUGUCUUCAAGGGACGGCACUGUGUGCCACUGGAGAAAUGUGGCUGUCUGGAUGACCAGAAUAACUAUUAUGAGCCUGGCGAGAUUGUAUUUGUAGAUGGCUGCUCAAAGCUGUGUCGCUGUGCAGGGAACUACACUUUGGAAUGUGUUGAUAACUCCUGUGACCCCACUGAAGAAUGUCGUGAAGUUAAUGGUAUUGCAGGCUGCUAUCCUAAAGGUACAUCGACAUGCAUAGCAUCUGGUGAUCCCCACUACACCACCUUUGAUAAACACAAGUACAACUUCAUGGGCAACUGCAGCUAUCUGAUGUCUGGACCCUGCAAUGAAACAGCUCUGCCAUACUUUGAGGUCCAUGCUGAAAAUGAAAAUCGCUAUAACAGGCCCACCAUCUCCUAUGUAAAGGCCGUACAUGUAUAUGUACACAUGGUGAAGAUCUCCCUUCUCAAGGGUGGCACUGUGCAGCUGAACGGGACCAAUGUAAACCUGCCAAUGACUCUGGUCCCUAGUGUUUCUGUGUUCAAGUCAGGAAAGCACUACACUGUGUCCAUGAACUUUGGUGUGACUGUUCGCUAUGAUGGAAACCACUUCAUGGACAUCAAAGUGAUCAAAGACUAUCAGAACAAGGUGUGUGGACUGUGUGGAAAUUAUGAUGGAGAUGCCAAAAAUGACUUCCGUAAGCCAGAUGGAUCAUUGACAAACAAUGUCAAUGACUUCGGACACAGCUGGAACAUUGAUCCAGGGUGUAAUAAGAAACCCAACACCACCAACCCUGGGUGUGAUGAAGAAGAGCAGGAACUGUAUGGGAGCUCUGGAUACUGUGGCAUCCUGCUAGACAAAAAUGGUCCUUUCGCUAUAUGCCACCCCAGAGUCAAUCCCAAUAAUUACUUCAAGGACUGUGUCUUUGAUCUGUGUGAGCUGCAUGGAGCACAGCCCAUUCUGUGUGAAGCCAUUGAAGCCUACGUCAAUGAAUGCCAGGACCGUGGGAUCAACAUUGGAACCUGGAGGAAUGAAACCUUCUGCCCCCUGAGCUGCCCCCCCAACAGCCACUAUGAGCCCUGUGCAGACCCCUGUCAGGAGACUUGUUCUAGAAUACCUCCCUCCUGUGGUGGGCCCUGCUCUGAAGCCUGUGUGUGUGAUCCUGGCUACGUCCUGAGUGCCAACAAGUGCGUCAAAAAGAGUUCAUGUGGCUGCAAACACACCAAUGGCCAGUAUUAUGAGCCUGGAGAGGAGUUUUAUGUGGAGGACUGUAAGCUGAAGUGUAGGUGUGAUGUUCCCUUCGUUACCUGUGUGGCUUCUGAAUGCCCCCCAAUGCAUGAGUGUAAACUCCAAGAUGGCGAGUUGGGCUGCUAUCCCACUGGCUCUCAGGAUUGUGUGGUCUCUGGAGAUCCUCAUUAUAACACGUUUGACAAGAAGUUCUACAGCUUCAUGGGAACGUGUACGUACACAUUGGCCAGAACCUGCAAGAACAACACAGGUCCUUGGUUCUCAGUGGAGGGGAAGAAUGAGGAGAGAGGAGUGUCAGGUGUGUCCUACCUGAGAAAACUCUAUGUCACUGUGAAUGGAAUCAGUGUGACCCUAAUGAAGACCAGGAAGACGUUGGUGAAUGGACUGCGGGUGGCCCUCCCUCACUCCCCCUCUCCUCUCAUAUCUCUCAGUCUUGCUGGUCAGUACAUCACCCUGCAGACACCCUUUGGCCUUCAGGUGCGUUGGGAUGGAAACCAUUACGUCCAGAUCUCAGUUCCCAGCUCCUACUAUGACCAGAUGUGUGGUCUCUGUGGUGACUAUGAUGGAAACCCACACAAUGACUUCACUAAAGCAGAUGGUACUCUGGUAGGAAAUGUCAACGACUUUGGGAACAGUUGGCAGACAGAAAAGGAUGAGGAUGAUUCGUGUACCCCAGGCACCAAGCCUGACCCAGACUGUGACCCCAUACUUGAGGCUGAGGUGGUGAAACCAGACAAAUGUGGCAAAAUUAAAGACUCUGCUGGUCCCUUCAGGGAGUGUAUCAGUGUGGUGAAUCCCAUUUCAUUCUUCCAGAGCUGUGUGUAUGACAUGUGUCAGUUCAAUAGCCAGCAGCAUGUACUGUGUGACCAGCUCCAGGCUUACACUGUUGCCUGCCAGAGCACCGGAGCCAAAGUCCACCAGUGGAGGACUCCAGACUUCUGCCCCCUGGCCUGUCCUCCCAACAGCUCCUACUCUCUGUGUGUGAGUUCGUGUCCAGAGACAUGUCUGGGUAUUGUUGGACCACCUGGCUGUGAGGAUGUGUGUGUGGAGGGUUGUGAGUGUAACCCAGGCUUCAUCCUCAGCAAUGACAAGUGUGUGGCACUGAAAGAUUGUGGCUGUGUGGACACCAGUGGAACCUAUCACCCUGUGGGUGAUGACUGGUACCUGGAGGGUUGUAAGCAGAAGUGUGUGUGUCACAGUGGGGGGUUCAUCCAGUGUCAAAAUAGCAGCUGUAAACCAACCACUGAGAGCUGUCAGCUACAAGAUGGAGGAUAUAAAUGCCACCCUCUGGGAAAUGGUAUCUGCUCAGUAUCUGGUGAUCCUCACUACACCACCUUUGACAAACACACCCACCAUUACAUGGGAGCCUGCUCCUACACGUUGACCAAAUCCUGCAACGUUUCCUCUGACUUGCCAUACUUCACUGUGGACACCCAGAAUGAACACAGAGGAAGUAAUAAGAAGGUUUCCUAUGUCAGGGCUGUGGUGAUCAAUGUGAACAGUGUGGCUGUCAUCCUCUCCAAGGGCCGUACAGUCCAGGUCAAUGGGAGAGUGGUUGUCCCACCUGUCACUUCUAUCAAUGGAGUUCAGAUGUACUUGAGUGGAAAGUUUGUUGUCCUGGAGACCUCCUUUGGCCUGAGGGUGCGUUUCGAUGGUAACCACCAUGCUGAUGUCACUGUACCAACCUCCUACAAUGGCCUUCUCUGUGGCAUGUGUGGAAAUUUCAAUGGAAACCCAAAAGAUGACAACUUGAAACCAGACAAUACACCAGCUACCAACGGCAAUGAAUUGGGAGACAGCUGGCACGUUCCUGACCCACGACCUGACUGCAACAAUGGUGGAGGACAGGAAGACUGUGAUAAGGAAGUGGAGGAGGAGGUCAAGAAGCCCACCAGCUGUGGCAUGAUCACUGAUCUCAACGGUAUCUUUAAGCCCUGCCACUCUGUUGUGCCCCCCAAGCCAUACUUUGGAAACUGUGCAUACGACAUGUGUUCCACUGGAGGUCAGACCGUGACUCUGUGCCAGGCCAUAGAGAGCUAUGCUGACAUGUGUGCUGCUGCAGGAGUCCCCAUCGCAUGGAGAAGCAAUACCUUCUGUCCUCUGAAGUGCCCCCCAGGUAGUCAGUACACCCCAUGUGGCCACGCUUGUCCACAGCCCAGCUGUCAGGACCCUGCGGGCCCUGGUGGCUCCUGCAACCAGCCCUGUGUUGAGGGAUGCAUCUGUAACCCCGGUCUUGUCCUCAGUGGAGACAAAUGUGUCCCUCUCAGUGAGUGUGGAUGUAUUGAUGGAAAUGGAGAGUACAGGCCGAUGGGAGACACUUGGUUCACAGAAAUCGACUGCUCAGAGUACUGUAAGUGUAAUGGCAACCACAACAUCACCUGUGAGCCCUGGCAGUGCAGCCCCGCACAGGAGUGUAAAGUGGUAGAAGGAGUACUGGACUGUCACUCUACAGGUAAAGGAGUGUGUCACGUGGCUGGAGAUCCUCAUUACUACACCUUUGACAGUGUGAUGCACACAUUCAUGGGCACCUGCACUUACACGCUAGUGGAGGUGUGUAACACCACUAAGGUAACUCCCUUUAAGAUAGUGGCUAAAAACGAGGAGCGAGGUCAGCCGGAGGCGUCCUAUGUUCGCUCUGUCAAAGUCUACCUGCCUCAUGAUACUGUGGUUGAACUGCAGAAGAGCCGCAGAAUUCUGCUGAAUGGACGACGGGUGCGAACCCCAGUUUCCACUAACUUGGCCAGAGCCAAGGUGAUAACCAGUGGAUCCUACAGUCUGCUGGACACAAACUUUGGUCUGCAGGUGAAGUUUGACGGAGUCCAUCACCUUGAGAUAACUGUUCCCGGAGAAUACUUCAAUAAGCUGUGUGGCAUGUGUGGGAAUUACAACCACAACUCCUCUGAUGACAACCUGAUGCCCAACAAGAAACCAGCCAAGGAUGUGAUUGAACUGGGCAACAGCUGGAAAUCAGAUGGCGACAGUGAUCUUGGCUGUCAGCCAGAUACUCGUCCAGACAUCCACCCCAACUGCACUGCAGAAGAAGAGAAGCUAUUCGAGGCUCAGUGUAACGAGGUCAUCCUCUCCAACCGCUUCAAGCCCUGCCACUCUCUGGUGCUCCCCGAAGCUUUUCUGGGUAAUUGCAUCUACGACAUGUGUGAGUAUGACGGCAUGCAGGUGACGCUCUGUGACAACAUGGAGGCAUACGCUCAGGCCUGUCAGAGCGCCGGGGUCACCAUCAGCUGGAGGAAUAAUACCUUCUGUCCCUUGCCCUGCCCUCCUAACAGCCACUACUCAGACUGUACCGCCCCCUGCCCCCCAACCUGCUCUGACCUCUUCCCCAUCUUCUGCCACCUCCCUCCUACCACCUGUGUGGAGGGCUGCCAAUGUGACGCCAGAUAUGUGCUCAGUGACAACAAGUGUGUUCCCCUGGACAAAUGUGGCUGUCUGGACUCAGACGGAGAGUACCAUGAUGUGGGAGACUCAUGGCUGACAGAUAAAUGUGCUGGCUCAUGUAUCUGUAACCUUGGUGGAAAAAUCACAUGUAAGGACCACAGCUGUAAUAACUCAGUGUGUGCACUGGACAAAUAUGGAGACCUCUACUGCAAACCCACCAAGUUUGACAAGUGCAGCAUUUCUGGGGAUCCUCAUUACCGAACAUUUGAUGGUUUUACCCAUCACUUCCAGGGUCCCUACACCUACGUCCUGACUCAGGGCCACAACCUGCUGACCUCCCUAUCCCCCUUGGUGGUUAGGGGAAGGAACAUCAGACGUGGGGGGAAUAAGAGGGUGUCAUUCUUGGAUCAGAUAUACAUUGAUGUUUACAGUGUCAAUGUUCGCUUCCUGCAGAAGAAGACGGUCCUGGUGAAUGGGGAGCGUGUUGCACCUCCUCUCAGUCCAGUUGAUGGUUUGACCAUCACGAUGAACUCCAGGCAGGUCCAGCUCACCACUGACUUUGGACUCACUGUGCGCUUUGAUGGAAACAGUCGUGGAGAGAUCAUAUUGCCCAGCACCUAUAAGAACUCUGUCAGAGGGUUAUGUGGAAACUACGAUGGCAUUGUCAGAAAUGAGUACAUGAAGCCAGAUGGGCUGGUGGUCAGGGACCUCAACACGUUUGGAGAAAGUUGGAGGGUCAGUGACCGACAGGCUGAUGGACUGAAGAUCUACGACCUUCUUCACGUAAUCCAUGCCCAUAGGCAAGUGGUGGAGACUGAUCCAGACUCAGGAUUUGAGACAUCAGACUGCUCUCAGUCUCAGCUCAAUGAUUAUAACAGCGUGACUCAGUGUGGAGCACUGUCUGAUUCCAAGGGACCGUUUGCCGCCUGCCAUGCCACCCUACCAGCCAAAAUCUACCAGGAUGACUGUUUGUUUGACCUGUGUGCUGAGCGUGGCAGUGCAAUGCUGCGUUGUGCCAGUUAUGAAGCGUAUGCUGCAGCCUGUCAAGAGGCUGGAGUCAAACUGGUAUCCUGGAGACAGCAGCUGGACUGUGUCCUUUCCUGUGAUGCCAACAGCACCUACUCCUCCUGUAUGUCACCUUGCCCAGCCUCCUGCGCCAACCUGGCAGCACCCUCUGAAUGUGACACUGCUACUUGUGUGGAGGGGUGCCAGUGUGCCGGAGGCUUUGUCAUGAGUGAGGGAAUGUGUGUGCCGUACACACAGUGUGGCUGCACCUUCCUCAACAGAUACUACCCUCUGAAGGAGAUGUUUGUGACUGAGGACUGUUCUCAGUCCUGUGAAUGCACCAGCACCGGCGCCGUGUGCCAACCAAAGACCUGCCAGGAUGGUUACAUGUGCACCAUCUAUGACUUCAAACGUGACUGCUACAGAGCAAGUCCCUGCCUCAGUUACCCCUGUCUGAAUGGAGGAACAUGUAAGGAAGCCAGCAACAACACAUACACCUGUCAGUGUGCAGAGGGCUUCAAGGGCAGAAACUGUGAGGUGGAGAUGACACAGAGUGGAGGACUAGAAACGAAGUGGAUUAUCAUGAUUGUGGUUCUAGUCUCAGUCACUGUCAUCAUCAUUGUGACCACCAUUGUGUGUGUUUGCAGACACAAAGCCAAGUGA